AAUGGAAGAAUAAGAAACGAGAGAAAAAUGAAGGAAAAGAGAAGGAAGGGAAAGGAAAAGAAGAGAAGGGAACAAGAAAAAAAGGAAAUUGAAGGAUGAAGAAAAAGGAAAAGAAAAUUAAGGAAGGAAGGAAGGAGGGGAAAGGCAAAUAAAUAAGAGGAAGGGAAGAUAAAGGAAGGGAAGGGAAGGGACAGGGCGUGGCGGGGCGUGUGUUUUGAAGGGCUGGCUAUGUAGGCUGCUGGCGCUGAUGCUGUUGUUGUUGUUGUUGUUGGUGGUGGUGGUGGUGGUGAGUUCGUGGGCUGCAAAGAUGGUGAUGAUGGUGAUGAUGGGAAGAGAAGGAAUAUGAAGGAGAAGAGGAAGAGGAAGAAGGUGAUGAUGAUGAUGGUGGAAAGUCAAGGAGGAGGAAAAGGAAGAAGAACAUUGAUAACCAGGAACUUGUUAAUUUUUAAGAGGAAGAGGAAGAGGAAAGAAAAGAGAGGAAGGGAGAAGAAGUUGGUGAUAGGGAUGAUGAAGGAAAGUGAGGGAAGGAGGAGGAAGAUGAAGAGGGAAAAAGAGGAAGAGGAAGGAGAAGAACAUUGAUAACCAGGAACUUCCAUAUUUUUAAGAGGAAGAGGAAGAGGAAAGAAACGAGAAGGGAGAAGUUUGUGAUAAAGAUGAUGGUGAAGGAAAGUGAGGGAAGGAGGAGGAAGAUGAAGAGGGAAAAAGAGGAAGAGGAAGGAGAAGAACAUUGAUAACCAGGAACUUCCAUAUUUUUAAGAGGAAGAGGAAGAGGAAAGAAACGAGAGGAAGGGAGUAUAAGUUGGUGAUAGGGAUGAUGAAGGAAAGUGAGGGAAGGAGGAGGAAGAUGAAGAGGGAAAAAAGAGGAAGAAGAGGAAGAUUAGAACAUGAUAACCAGGAACUUCCAUAUUUUUAAGAGGAAGAGGAAGAGGAAAGAAAAGAGGAAGGGAGAAGAAGUUGGUGAUAAAGAUGAUGAUGAAGGAAAGUGAGGGAAGGAGGAGGAAGAUGAAGAGGGAAAAAAGAGGAAGAAGAGGAAGAUGAGAACAUGACAGCCAAGGACUUCCAUACUUUUAAGAGGAAGAGGAGAAAGGAAAGGGAACUGGGAAUAAUAUAAUGUCGUUAAUGGGUAGUGUUAUGAGCCUAGUGAUAGUUUGUCAAGGCUUCUACACCAUGAACCUAAAAGAACGUCUAUUAGGUGUGCAUUUUAAGACUCGCUUCUCACAUCAGCUAUUUCUAAAGGUCAAAUACGGGGUCAGUCGGGUUCUAAUGAGUGUUUCUUCAGGUUCACGGUACAGAAGAAGACUCACACUACCACCAGGGUCAUAAAACUACCUUUGGAAAUGCCCACAACUCCUACGAAAGCCUUGUCAAAUAUGUGUUUUCUUAGGUUCAUGGUACAGAAGAAGACUCACACUACCACCAGGGUCAUAAAACUACCCUUGGAAAUGCCCACAACUCCUACGAAAGCCUUGUCAAAUACGUGUUUUCUUAGGUUCAUGGUACAGAAGAAGACUCACACUGCUACCAGGGUCAUAAAACUACCCUUGGAAAUGCCCACAACUCCUACGAAAGCCUUGUCAAAUAUGUGUUUUCUUAGGUUCAUGGUACAGAAGAAGACUCACACUACCACCAGGGUCAUAAAACUACCCUUGGAAAUGCCCACAACUCCUACGAAAGCCUUGCCAAAUACGUGUUUUCUUAGGUUCAUGGUACAGAAGAAGACUCACACUACCACCAGGGUCAUAAAACUACCCUUGGAAAUGCCCACAACUCCUACGAAAGCCUUGCCAAAUACGUGUUUUCUUAGGUUCAUGGUACAGAAGAAGACUCACACUACCACCAGGGUCAUAAAACUACCCUUGGAAAUGCCCACAACUCCUACGAAAGCCUUGUCAAAUACGUGUUUUCUUAGGUUCAUGGUACAGAAGAAGACUCACACUACCACCAGGGUCAUAAAACUACCCUUGGAAAUGCCCACAACUCCUACGAAAGCCUUGUCAAAUACGUGUUUUCUUAGGUUCAUGGUACAGAAGAAGACUCACACUGCCACCAGGGUCAUAAAACUACCCUUGGAAAUGCCCACAACUCCUACGAAAGCCUUGUCAAAUACGCGUUUUCUUAGGUUCAUGGUACAGAAGAAGACUCACACUGCUACCAGGGUCAUAAAACUACCCUUGGAAAUGCCCACAACUCCUACGAAAGCCUUGUCAAAUACGUGUUCUUGGGCUGCGAGAUGUUUUGUAAUACGACUCUUAACAGUGCUGGCCCAGACUGGAAGAGGAGGCUGGGCGUGGGGUAACAGGGGCACGUGGGGCAGACGAGGGGUGUGUGGGUCGGGGGUCAAGAGCCUUAUGCCUUCACCUGUUCAGCGGGGGAGGAGAGAAACGAUACAAGUAGGCGGAAGGAAGCCCAGUUCCCUGUUAAUGAGGUGAAUGUUGGUGAGAGCUGGUUGAGAGGCUGUACGGGACAUGUAGGGCGUGGAGAUUGGUGCCUUGUUGCUAGUGUGGGAGGGACAGCAGGUGCAGGAGCGAGAGGAAGUGGAAAGGUGGGAUUUGCAGGGCGAGGAAACUAGAAAAGGAAGCAGCUCUUGAGGGCGUGGGAGGGACAGGAGGGAGAGAAGGAAGAGGAACAGAAGCGAGAGGAAUGGAAAUAAGGGAGUAUAAGCCAGCGAGAGAAGAGAAGGGACUUGCAGGGCGAGGAAACUAGAAAAGGAAGCAGCUCUUGAGGGCGUGGGAGGGACAGGAGGGAGAGAAGGAAGAGGAACAGAAGGGAGAGGAAUGGAAGUAAGGGAGUAUAAGACAGCGAGAGGAGAGACGGGACUUGCAGGGCGAGGAAACUGGAAAAGGAAGCUGCUCUUGAAGGUGUGGGAGGGCUGAAGAGGCGGGAACCAGCAAGAGGAACGGAAGGAAGGGCAAGGAGAAUGAGCGAACGAGAUGAGAAGGAGGGCUUAUAGGGCGAGGAAACUGGAGAAGGAAGCAGCUCUCGAGGGUGUGGGAGGGACAAGAGGGGGAAGAGAAACAGUAGGAGGAGGAACAGAAGGAAGGGAAAGGAGAAUGAGCGAACGAGAUGAGAAGGAGGACUUAUAGGGCGAGGAAACUGGAGAAGGAAGCAGCUCUCGAGGGUGUGGGAGGGACAAGAGGAGGAAGAGAAACAGUAGGAGGAGGAACAGAAGGAAGGGCAAGGUGUAUGAGACGGCGAGUGGAAAGACGAAGCUGUUGAUGUGGAUGGAAGAUGGAACAGGAGGAGAAACAGAAGCAAGGGGGAGAAAUAUGGAUAGAACAAGAUAUAACAUGAAGGUAAUACACACACAUACGAUGUUACAAUAAUGAAGGAAAAUAAACAUUGAAGAACAGGUUAUAUACGAGUAAUAUACAUAGAGUAAGACAUAGGAGGAAUAGACUAGAUAGCAAUACAGGAAAAUAGAAGAGCUUGUGGUAUAGGCCUAAGCUGCAGAGAGUAAGAAAUAGGCGUAAAAUAACAGGUACAAUAGAGUAAGGGAGAGUGAGUAAUAGGGAAGGAAGGGCCCAUCUCUCCCUCCUCUCUCUCUCCCUUCCUCCCUCUCUCCUUCUCCCUCCACCUGAAGAGUCCUACGCCCUGGCUUGCCCGUCUCCAAGUUCCU